AUGUUUAAUAAACAUGUUAAAUUAACUGAUCCAGCUCUAUUUAAUCCUAUUAAUCGCAAUGUGGUCUAUCCAAGUGUAUCAGUAAAUCCAGCUGAACUGCGAGAAGUUAGCACCAACGUAGAAAUAGUGGAACUCAAUUCUUUUGAAGAUUACGAGGAAGAAAAGGACGCAGACAAAUUCAAAAUCGGUCAUCAGUGGUCUUACAUCGGUGAAGAUCUAUACCCGGAUGAAGAUGGCUACAAAACUAAUAAAAAGGCUAGAGAAAAAAGGCGUUUCAAUAAAGAUGGUGCUAUAAAUAGAACUGCAACUUACGAACGCUCAGAUCACAUCUAUCCUACUUUUUACACCUUAGACAAAGACUAUUCUAAUAAACAUGACUAUAAAGAAUAUCCUAACAGACAAGUUAAUUGCUUCACCAUUCCCAACAAUCUCAGAACACCGAGCACGUCAUCGGAUGACCAAGAAGAUAUUGAAAUAAUUCAAUGCGGCGAUACUAUCCCAAAACAUGAUUAUUGGAACGACUCUCAAGAAUCUUACGACGAAGUAUAUUUCUCACGAAAUUUGGACACCGACAAAAGAACGAUUUGGAUAUAUUCAUUUAAAAAUAAACGAAUACUUGCAGAAAAUGAUUUCCUGUUAACAAACAUACCAAGUAAGAAUUCAAGUACUAGCUCAACUGACGAUUUAGAAUUUGAGCCAACUAAAGAGAGUAACAGCGGUCGUAUAGCAACGCCAAUACCUUAUAUACCACGUCUCAAUUUGAACUUAACCUCCACCCUUCCGACAGUCACGGAAGUCCUAGAACCCACAAAGCGCCCCUCGUCAGCUGCAGAAGUGAAUAAUGCAAAUGAUAAUGUCUCCGCACACACCACACCAAGUAACACACCGAAAUGUGAUUUAAACCGUUGGACCUUCCUCUCCUCUAGAAUAAAAAUAAGGAAGACGAAAAUAAAUGAACUUCCUACCUCAGAUAGAGAUCAUACAUACUUUGAACCAGAGAUAAAAAUAAUCAACAAUCGACACAAUAAUGAUCUCAAUAAUACUAUAGAAGUUGUACAACAUUUAAAUGAAAAUAGCACAAGACCAAACGACGAUACUGUUAAUGAAGAUGGUGAUCCCCUUCAAAGGCCGCAUAUCAAGAUAUCACCUCAACCUAUAAUAAAAGGCAUCAAGAUAUCGGAUCCAAUAGAAAAACUGGAAGGGAACUGGAUUGGUGAGAAUAGAAAUGACAAACUAGAGCCUAUAGUAUAUGAUUGUGAUUUGAUAAGUCAAAACGAAGUUAAAAUUACGCCUAUCACCCGCGAUAAAGAUGAAGGAGCCACUAAUUUCUUCAUAAGAAACAUGCCACUGUUGAAACCAGCGGAAUGGAACGAAUACAUGGCAAUAACAGAUAGCAUGCCAUCAAUAGAACUUAGCAUUAUAACAGUAGAUGCGAAGAAAUCUUGGCUUAAAAGAAUAUUGAACUGUGUCAAAUGUUUUAGAAGGGAUAAAUAA